AUGAACUUGUAAUGGAAUCCUUAUUUCAUUCCAAAAGAAAAUAUUGCACAGCUUAAUAAUGUAUCGUUUAUGAGAUUUGAUGAAAAUUCACAAUAACCAUUAUACAAUAAAUAGAUUCAACUGCAUAAAAAAAUUUAGAUUCAAGUAAAUUUAAGUCAUAGUUAGCCUACAUUCUAACCUGAGUGCAUGAAAUACAAAAGAAACAAAAAACAAUAAAGCUGUGUACCAUUUUAAAUGAAUGUGCCUCAAUAAACUUCUAAUCAGACCUUAACAAAAGUAGCCCAAUUGAGUUUAAAACCAAUAUUCAGCAAACCCAAGAGCAUCUAAUAAAAUACAUAGAAUGAAAAUCUUAAAGGGUCAGCUGUUUGGGAAAGAAAGGAUUUUCAAAAUUAAUAAAUUACAUUUGAGUCAUUCUUAAAGGAACAAAAUCUAUCUAGAAAUAAUUCAAUCGAGCAUAAUAGCAAUAAAUCUCAUUUCAAAAAGAAUCAUCGCCAAUACAGUCAUGUAGUAUAAGGCAAUUCGGGUGCUUAUUUUAUGAUUUCUAAUAUACCAUAAAACAAUAACACAAAUACUACUAAUUCAUAUUAUUCUAAUUGUGAAAAUUGUAAUUCCCAUAGAGAAGAUCGUAAAGUAGAAAGAAUAAACGUUCCCAAAUUCUUCAUUCCUGAAGACACAUCUAAUUAGUUUAGUGAGAGAACAAUUAAAAAAUAAAGCCCCAAUAACCUAAUUAAGCAUAAAAAAAAUACUAGAUGUAUCUCUAUGGGAGAAUAGAAGCAGAUAGGACUGACUCUAGAAUGUGAUGAGUCAAGUAUUACUAUUAUUAGUGAUAAUGCUAAUACUGUCAUCCCCAAUCCAACAAAUUCUAAGAAUUAUCAUACUAUAAUUAAUGAAAACAAUAACCAAAACUCUUAAAUAGGCGGAUUUUCUUAAGAAACUUUACAAGUUCUGAUGCUCUAAGAGAUUGAAUAUGCUCCCAAUUGUGAUUACCUAUAAUAAGUAUAGAUUUAAAUCACCCCUUUAAUGAGAGCAAUAUUGAUGGAUUGGAUGAUUGAAGUUUGUUCUGUGUAUCUUAUGAAGAGAGACACUUAUUACUUGGCAGUUGCUUAUGUUGAUAGUUAUCUAUCGAAAAAAAUAAUUACGAAACAUGAAUUAUAAUUAUUAGGAACUGCUUCUAUGCUCAUUGCAUCUAAAAUGGAGGAAGUUGAGGCUAAAAACCCAAAGGAUUUUGAAAAGGCUAGUAACUAUGGUUAUUCUAUAGAUUAAAUAUAUGAAAUGGAGAAAGAAAUUUGCAAAACUCUAUAAUGGCAUUUGAAUCUUCCAAACAUCAAUUUAUGGAUUGAGUUUUACACAAAUCAAUGGGAUAAUUAUAUUUCAGAUGAUCACAAGAAAUUUAGAUCCAAUAACAGUUCUUCAUUUAAAAACAUUCUAAAAUUACAAGGAUAUAUCGAUUGUUGCUAUCUUGACUUUGAGACUCUUAGUUAUUAAACCAGAAAGGUUGUAGCUGCUUUCAUGUAUCUUGUGUUGGCUGUAGAGUAUGAGUAAUUCACAAAAGAAUAUAUAUAUUAUGAAAUUCCUAAGACUACAAAAUUUAUCCUUGCUGAUUCUUAGAAAUCAUUCAAUAAAAUAUUUACAGAAUUUGCAUAAAUUAGUUUUGGAUUCAACCUUGUUGAUCUGAUUGAAAUAAUUAAGUACGCUUCUAAAUUUAUAAUGUUGGAUUUCAAAUAUAGUGAUACUUUUCAAGAUAAAAUAAGCAUUCAAAGACACGAGGAUUUACUUAUAUAUUAAAAAUAUAAUUAAACUGGACUCUCUUUCAUUAGAUGCAGGCUCUAAAAGUGA